CCAUCCCUGGGCGGGGCAGCAUUUCCCAGCGCUGAAUCAGUCCCCGAGUUCAUCCAUAGGACACUACACGGUUAACCAGUAACCACAUGCCCUCGCUCCACCCACAAAGCCAUUAGAGCCCAUGUCCAGGCCAAGGGAGUGUCACAGGCGAACAUGGGCGUCUGGAAAGAGCAGCUGCACCUGGGCAGCCUGAGCCCCUUCUUGCUCACCUGCACCGUCUACUUCUUCCUCUGGAUCCCUGAGGACCCGCCGUCCAGGAUGGGCGCCCUGGUCAAGUGCCUGCCGGUGCUGUGCCUGGUGGGGCUCCUGCGGGCCAGCCCGGGCUCCGGCUCCGGCGGGGGCUACAGCCUUCGCCUGCAGGUGGCCCUGCUCUUCUCGGCCCUCCGGGAUGUCUUCCUUAUCUGGCCAGAGAACUUCCUCUAUGGCAUCCUCGCCUGCGCCAUGGCCCAGCUGCUCUAUGUCUGGGCCUUUGGGUUGAGACCCCUGCGGCCCGGCCUCCUGCUGCCCAUCAUCCUGGCCUCCCUCCCGUUCUCUGGCCUCCUGCUGCUGCACCUCUCCUCAAGCCUGGUCCUGCCCCUGUCGGCCUACGUGCUGGCCCUGUCCACCGUGCUGUGGCGCGGCCUGUGCCCCUUCCAACUGCUGUCCAUCUUCCUGGCCUCCCUCCCGUUCACCUUCCUCCUGCUGCUGCACCUCCCCCCAGACCUGGUCCUGCCCGUGUCGGCCUAUGCGCUGACCCUGUCCACCAUGCUGUGGCGCGGCCUGGCCAGGGGCGGGAGCGCCCGCUGGGGCGCCCUGCUCUUCGCCACCUCCGACUCCCUGCUGUCCUGGCACACCUUCAUCCAGCCGCUGGCCCACGGCCGCCUGCUGAUCAUGACCACCUACUACGCUGCCCAGCUUCUCAUCACCCGGUCGGCCUUCCAGAGCCCCAAGCUCAAGACUGACUGACCAGGGCCCCGAUGGGCCAGCGUCCGCCCACUCCCCUCCUGCAGGGACCCGGGACCAGACGCCCGUGGGGGCCGGAGCCAGGCUCCCGGACUCCCGUCUGCAGGCGUCUGUCCACCUGUGGGAACCGUUUGCAGAAUUUCGGAUGCACCGCCGAGUUCCGAACACCUUCCCUUCGUUCUGAUUCCGGGUUCCAGGCCCCUCAACCAGGCCCAGGCUGGGCCUCCCCAAGCCCCGCCCGCUCCUGUGACCUCCGGGGGCCCCGAGUCUGUAGGGAAGCAUGGGAGACUCGGUUGGAAAGUCUGUAAGAAGGAAAUUCCAAAAAGGGUCGUGGGCUGAAGGCGGACCACGCUGUUUAUCGGAAUUCCGACUUGGAGUUUGGCCAAAGCGGCCGCCCCUAUUGUUCCAUGACCUUUCCCACCCAGUCCGUGCACGUGCGGCCCCCCAGGUGUUUGCCGGAUCCUUAUGCUUAAUCUUUGCAUGUCCUUGCCUAGAGGACACUGCAGAAACGUGCCCUCCCAUGAUUGCCCUGCUGACUGUAUCUAAAAGGUAAACUGUAUCUCAAACUGUAUCUCAAAACUGCAAUAAAAGCCUGAGGAGGCAGGCGAACGGGGCUGUCUGGUUCCUUCAGCCAGGCCGUCCCUUAGCCCUCUCUUUCACAGCAA